UGCUAUCUCGUUCUCAUAGGAAGUUGAACUAUCAGCUGGUGUUUUGGAUGGAAGUUGCUUUUGGCACGGAGGCGUUCUUUCUUUAUCAUCUUAAGCAAAUCUUAAACGUCAGAGACACCGGAAAAUAAAGCUGCAUGUAACAGUGCGCCACAUCCAGCAAGCGAAACGGCGGAACCCGGAGAAAUCCGCGUUAUUAUGAACAGAUGAUGGUCAUAAGUGCUGAUCUGUCUGCUUGCUGUUGAAUCAUCGGAAAGAAAGAAAACAACGUCAGGCGAGGCUCGUGCUAGUCACUGAUAGUCUGAUGUGUGCAUGUUGAUUAAUCUCGACCUGCGAUAUUUGCCACAAAUAGCUUAAAUGCACGUGAAGUAACUCGUUGAACACGAAUUGUUCUUCGUCCGGUGUAAUAAAUAGUAGCUUAAGUGUUUUAUGUGAUUCAGGAGUAAGUCAAAGGUCAGAUCAAAGUGUUUUUUUUCUUGUUUACAGCAGACAGCAGCUUUUAAAAAUACUUAAUUCGCCUACAUAUUGGUUAUAAGAUAAAUAACGUCUUGAAUAAAUUUGUGCUUAUGGAAGUUGAUAAAAGAGCAGCAACCUGUAACCAAUUAUUCCUUUUUGACAUCAGCUCGCCGUGACUGAAAUAGUUUAUUUGUUUAAUUUAUUUAAACGUUGUCAUACUGACCUUUUUAUCCGUGUCUUUGUAAGUGUCUAUCUGUUGUUCGGUUUAUAGUGUUAUUUAUAAGCAUGGUGACAGUGGAAUGCAUUGAUAGCUGCGUUGCAUCACUUGUGUUUUGACAUAUCUGACGUCAGGGGUGUCGUGUGUCACUCAAACUGUUUAAAGAGUGUGGGAGCUUUUUAAACAUAUUACUUCGUUAUAUUCGGACUGAUCUGCUGAAUCAACGGUGGAUCAUUCAAGAUAUUUCGAGAGGGAAGACUCAGAUCUGGCUCAGUCAGAGGUCCUCGUUGAUAUCCCCAAUUUCUCCCCGCCAAUGCUGGAUCUGGAGGUCGUUCCUGAGCGAUCUUUGGGAAAUGAACAAUGGGAAUUCGCAUUAGGGAUGCCAUUGGCCCAGGCCAUUUCCAUAUUACAGAAACACUGCCGAAUCAUCAAAAAUGUCCAGGUGCUCUACAGCGAACAAAUGCCACUCAGCCACGACCUCAUUCUCAACUUGACUCAGGAUGGAAUUAAACUGCUGUUUGACGCCUGCAAUCAGAGACUGAAGGUGAUCGAAGUGUACGAUUUGAGCAAAGUAAAACUGAAAUACUGUGGAGUACAUUUUAACUCUCAGUCAAUAGCACCUACUAUUGAGCAGAUUGAUCAGUCUUUUGGUGCUACUCAUCCAGGAGUCUACAAUGCUGCCGAGCAGCUCUUCCACCUGAACUUCCGAGGGCUUUCAUUCUCCUUCCAGCUGGACUCCUGGAGUGAAGCUCCUAAAUAUGAGCCUAACUUUGCCCAUGGCUUGGCCUCCCUGCAGAUUCCCCAUGGGGCCACUGUGAAACGGAUGUACAUUUACUCUGGAAACAACCUUCAAGAAACCAAGGCUCCGGUGAUGCCUCUGGCCUGUUACCUUGGUAAUGUGUAUGCAGAGAGUGUGGAGGUGUUGAGAGAUGGGGCGGGACCGCUGGGUCUCAAACUUCGUCUACUCACCGCAGGAUGUGGCCCUGGAGUGUUGGCUGAUACUAAAGUGCGAGCUGUUGAGAGAAACAUCUACUUUGGAGAUUCUUGUCAGGAUGUUUUGAGUGCUCUUGGCUCCCCACAUAAGGUCUUCUACAAGUCAGAGGAUAAGAUGAAGAUCCAUUCACCCUCCCCUCACAAGCAAGUCCCGUCCAAAUGUAAUGACUACUUCUUUAACUAUUAUAUACUGGGAGUGGAUAUACUGUUUGACUCUACAACCCACCUGGUCAAAAAAUUUGUCCUUCACACCAAUUACCCUGGUCAUUACAACUUCAACAUAUAUCAUCGGUGUGAUUUCAAGAUUCCUCUUAUCAUUAAAAAAGAUAGGGCAGAUGCUCAGAUAGAGGACUGCAUUCUGACCACUUACAGCAAAUGGGAUCAGAUUCAGGAGCUGCUAGGACACCCCAUGGAAAAACCAGUUGUGCUACACAGGUCAUCGUCUGCAAACAACACCAACCCUUUCGGUUCCACAUUUUGCUUUGGACUACAACGGAUGAUAUUUGAGGUCAUGCAGAAUAACCACAUAGCUUCUGUGACUCUCUACGGAGCACCUUGUCCAAGUAGCCUAGCCCGUGCCGAGCCUAGUGCCCACUGAGGAAGUCGCCGUGCCCACAGUACCCGUCCAGCCCUGCAGAGCCUCUGAACUGACCAGUAGAGUGUGCCUUCACUCACUGCUGCCAUCACACAAGCUAAAGCAAGACAUGCUGGGAGAUUCUUUACAUCCUAAUAGAGGCCCCAAUUCGGUCUCCUCCUCUAAUAAUAGCAUGGAGGCUGCCCUCAGCCUGCUAAUUAUCCCAGAUAACCAUGCAAACCUGGCUCUGCCCCCAAAGCUUCAGCCCAAAUCUGCAUCAAAGUCAGAAUCGUUAUAGUCCUUGUGGAUGCACAGUGAUUCAUUUCCACACAAGCAUAUUUGUGCAUUCUUUUUUUGCCUAACCUUCUAAAAAUUUCCAUACCAGAUGCACCAAAGGGCAAAUAUUGAACAGAUUUCUCCUCUGCACCCAAAAACACACAUGAAUUCAACUUCAUUUGCUUUCCGGCAUUCAGAGGAUGAAAGCAAAGUCAAAUGAGGACAAACUUUUGCAGCAGUGUGUUUUGUAUGCAUUUACGUAAGGUUCCAAGCACAAGCUAGCACAGUAUGGAUCCAGUGCUGUCAAAAUAUUCUUGUGGCACAUAAGCAGGCUCACAUACACACAUAACGAUUCAUCAACUCAUUUCAUACCAAGUCAACAGCACCGAUUACCUCCCAUUUCAAUACCGUACAGCCACUUUAUGGUUGAUUCUGUUAUUGUUUUGUUGUUCGUGAGCGCAUUAGUUUUGAACAUUUGCACUAAAAUGCACCUAAUUUACUUGAUAAUUGUCUCCUGUCCACUGAGGAACGUUUUAAUAGCCAAGUCUUGGAGAGAAAGGACGGCGGGGGAGAGAACGACGACGUGCAAUCUGGAUUUCAAAGCUAGUUGCGACCCUGACUCGAGAGAAAAGCCAUCCACCCAUCACUGUUUCUCCUUCCCGCUGGAUGCGUUCAAUUCUGUUUGCAUCUCUUUUUUUUUUUGUCCACAGUAGAAAGAUGUGAAGUUCUUUUACCUUAUUCAGUAUCUUAAAGUCUUAACUGCAGAAUUGUCUUCUGUCACCUGAUUGCCAAAACGCUAGCCAAAGAAGAAACAACAGUUAGCUUUCUGUCAUUUUAAAUUCACAUUGUAAGAGCAUUCCCUUUUGAUUUGAUCCAUACAGUCCCUGAUUGGUUUUUAAUGCUUUAAAGCUUUCUUUCUUGCUUUUUUACUCUACAGAUUUGUUUCUGUAGUAAGUAGACAUGAUGAUUUCUGUAGCCAUGUCUGUCAUGUCCAUGCCUGUACAGAUCUUUAAUUAACAUACACAAUUUUCAUUGUUUAAUCAGUCUAACAGUACCAUAUCAGAUCAGCUGACGUCUGGAACUCCUCCUACACUGCUGAUAGACAGAGUUUCUGGUUUUCUUUGACAGCCCUUGAGGUUCAAUAUAGCAGCUUCCUUCCACUGUUUUCCUGGAGGAAGUUGCCUACAUUUGACCACUUUCAGGAGAAUUUAAGGGAGAUUACUAGAACAUUUCAACAAUAGUAGAUGGUUUGUCCACCUCUAACCUCGGUUCAUUGCUGUGCUGCCUUACAGCGUAGCCACCUGUGGCUGUCAAGCUCCAGUUAUCUCUGGUGUCAUUCCCACCUCCCUUCAAGCUUCUGCAGUGUGUGGUUCAGGCUAAUUCUGGUAUUUAUAGCUUUCUGUUACAGUAACUUCUCAUUAACUGUGUUGGAAGGCCAUCAGUGGUGUUUUUAAUAUAUUUUACCCUUAGUUUUUGGUCAUUUACAAGGAAGAUGCUAUUAACAUAGUGCCUCAUUUCCCACCGAGCCUGUCUUGACUUUUUCUCUGUAAAUGAAAUUGUUUGAAAAACUGCUUUGUGUAUGUCUGAGCAUGUAAAGAUAAAUUGAUAGUUAUAGUCCUAUUGUUUAAAAAAAACGUACCUGAAUAUUAGAGGAACUAAGCAAAAACUGACUUGUUGGGUAAUGAACUCUUGUCAUGAAGGGCUAGUUUACUAUAGAAGAAGCCUAUUUCUGGCAUGGAAUAAAUAAUAAAAUUGCCACUUUAUCUAACAUUUCUGACUUUUUUCUUACAAUUCUGUAAAAGUUAUAAUUGUGAGAUGUAAUCUCGGAAUUCAGAGGAGGGAAAAAAGGAUGGGCAGGAAAAAAAAGGUCAGAAUGGCCAGAGAGAAAGUUGAUUACCUUUUAAAUGUUUUUUUUUUUUUUUUUUUUCACAGCAAAAAUUAUCUUCAAAGUAUUACAUUGAUUUAAUGCAGCACAUAUAAAAAAUUUGUUACAAAUAUUAGGGAACAUGUAGGUGGCCCUUCAUGGUUUGAGGUUCACAAAGUAGUUGCAGUGUUUUUGUCUAAAUACAACCUGUACUUUUUGAAAAUGGUGUGAAGUUCCACUUAAAUGAGUUUAAAAUGAAAUAAAUAUUUUUCAAACUUAAAACUCUUUAGGGCUGAGGAUCAGAUUUAAAAUGCACAAUUGGAACCUCAAUUGUCAAUAAGGAAUAACACAACUGCUGUUUUAGUGUGUUUUAGGGAGUUUUACUUCAGGAGGAGUGUGGUCUGAUGGGCUGAUUGCCUGCCCAAUCUCAGGUGGAUGUUUUUUUUAAUGCCAGGAGCAAGUGAAUGCUUAAUUUUCAUCAAAUUGGUUUUGGCUGUGUUGUUUCCUCUUCAGACUUUAUCCUAUUUUUGCAUCGGAAUGAUUGAAUGAUCGUCCUGAGGAUUGUAAUUAGAAAUGGACAAACUCCAUACAGUGUAAUGCGCAUAUUAAUGCUAUGUAUUGUAUCCCUCUAUAUCGUAUGUUCUUCCCCAUCAUCCAAAGUGAUUAUUUUUUGUGGAUUCAGUACAUUUAACCCAUUUCUGGAAAUGGGUCUUAUCCUCGAUUAAAAAAAGUGUGCAUCUAAA